GGCGGGGCUACGAGCGUUCUGUGGGAAAUGUGAGAUGUGCUCGUGCGCUCUGACAAACAAUACGCACUCAUCGCUUAGACAAGGAGGUACACAGUCAUGUUACGUUCGGGAAAAAACGCAUUUACUGUUUCUGUCUGUGCAAUAAGUGUCAAAGAGAGCCGAACAGCGACGUCAAACAUUUGAAGAAUUUACCGAACUGUCCGGCAGUGCCAACCUCGUCCCGAGCCGUGCAGCUAGGCUUUUCGUGGAGCAGAGAGGGAGUGGAACCCGUGCAGUGGCAGGGGGUCCGGGGAUGCGCUGCCGACCCAUUCCCCCUACGUCCAGCAGGCCUCCAGGAGCUGAAGACAGGGUGUCGGUGAGAGGUCGUUUGGGGGUGCCACUCAGCAGCAGUCAAUAUGGCCCUGGUCCAGGCCCUACCGGUCACCGCUGAGCGUCACCACACCCCACGCCGCCGUCCCUCUGGACCCCACACGUCUCCCGACCUCCCCACCACCUCCUCCGCCUCCCAGGACGCCAUGGGCUCCGUCAGCAGCCUCAUCGCCCAGCGGUCUGGCCCGGUCCACCUGGAGAGCCACUACCGGCCCCUGGGGGUCGCCUCCGAGCCUGGGGCCAGCAGGCCUCCCAGAAGCACUUUGGGCGCCACUUCCUGCCUGGCCUCCUCGCACACGUCCCUGGAUCUCCUGAUCAGUGGCGUCACCCCACCUGGCAACAGGAAGCCUCUGAUUGGUUCCAGUCAGGACAGUGGGACCAAUGGGAAUAACUCCUAUCUGAACCAGGACUUUUUGGGGGACUGGAAUGACAAUCACGUGGCUUACGGAAGCCCUGGGACUGGGAUUGACCCAGAGGAGCCCAAGGAGGGGCAGCUAGGGGGCCUCAAUGGGAAAAUGGGGGGACCCCCACCCAAACUUGUCCCUGUGUCUGGGAAGCUUGAGAAGAACAUGGAGAAAACGGUCCUCCGGCCCACCGCCUUCAAACCCGUCGUCCCCAAGAGCCGCAGCUCCGUGCAGUACCUCUCCCCACGCCACGACCGGGCCGGCCUAUCGGACAACCAGAACAACCUCAACCUGUUGUCGCCUGGGAGCCAGGCGGAUCCCGCAUCGCCAAGCUCGUACGGCGGCGGACGCCACGGGGGCUCAAUGUCCGACUCAGGCCGGACAUCCCUGUCGAGCCUGCCGCCCUACGGUCUGGCGCCCGGGGACACCCCGCCUAGCGGUGGCCACCUGGAGCCCACGAAGGCCGCCAACGUACACGGGCGCCAUAACUCGGACAGCGGGCGCUCGUCGUCCAGUAAGAGCACGGGGUCUGGAUCUCAGAGCGGGCGCGGCCAGCCGCUUUCGGAAAACGGGUCGAGCGGCCGUUCGCCGGCCCAGGCGGAGCCAGGGUACGAAGGCGUGGUCAGGGACCUGGAGGACAAGCUGCGGGAGAGGGAGCUGGAGCUGCAACAGCUCAGGGACAACCUGGACGAGAACGAGGUGGCUAUCUGCCAGGUCUACGAGGAGAAGCAGAAGCGCUGUGAGCUGGAGCUGGAGGAGCUGCGCCAGAGCUGUGCCACACGGAUGCAGACCCAGUCCCAGAAGGCCCAGCGAGCCCAGCAGGUCCUCCAGCUGCAGGUGUUCCAGCUGCAGCAGGAGAAGAAGAAGCUCCAGGAGGACUUCUGUCAGCUGCUGCAGGAGCGAGAGCAGCUGGAGGAGCGCUGCACCUCCUACGAGCAUGAGAAGAUCCAGCUGGGACCUCGGCUGGAGGAGACCAAGUGGGAGGUGUGUCAGAAGUCCGGCGAGAUCUCCCUGCUCAAGCAGCAGCUGAAAGAGGUCCAAGGGGAGCUUGCUCAGCGCGUUGGGGAGAUCGUCUCUCUGCGUAGCCAACUCCGGGACACCCGCGGCGAGCUCACUAACAGCCAGGCUUUGCUGCAGGAGGCCGCAGCCGCCAGCCGCACGCGAACCCUGGAGCUGGAGGUGUGCCAGAACGAGCUGCAGCGCCGCAAGAGCGAAGCCAAGCUCCUCCGCCAGAAGGUGGGUCGUCUAGAGGAAGAGUCGGCACGCCUCCAAGCCGAGGCCGCUGCCCGUCUGGCCAGUCAGACAAUCCUUCAGGACCCCGCCCACGACAGUGGCGGCGCCAGGCAGUGCCAGGCCUUCCCAGAGGGGGAGGAGCCGCACUUGACCUAUGAGAGCGAGGCAUUCCAGAGCCUUCGGCUGCAGACGGAGAGUCUCCGGGCGGAGUUGGCCACAGAACGCCAGCGGCGGGAGGAGCAGGCGUGCAGCUUCGAGGUGGAGCACCGGGUGUGGCAGGAGGAAAAAGACAAGGUGAUCCAGUACCAGAAGCAACUGCAGCAGAAUUACGUGGGGAUGUACCGGAGAAACCGAGAGCUGGAACGCAUGCUCCGCCAGCUCAGUCUAGAACUAGAGACCCGGGACGAGCUGGAGGAGCAGGACGAGGGCAGUGGCAACGAGAUUAACUUUGAUGAGAUUGCCGCUACAGAGAUCUGACACCGCCACCCUCUCUCGGUCUCCACAUCCCACGCAUCUGAUCGCCUGGGAGUGGCCAUAGGAAGCCUUCACUGUUAGCAGGUCACUCCAGCAUUUUUCUGGCGAUUUCUUUCAGGGUCUUUACAGUAUCUAUGUAUCGGUCUCUCGUUGGCCUGUUCUCUUUAGGCUCUGCUCUUCCACUCGCUUACAGGUAUGGUUAACUCCUAUUGGCUAUUGUCGACACACACACACACACAGCAUUUAUAUCAAUGUUGAUCUAACCCAAUGCCCCCCAAUAUAAAAAAGUAACCCUUUACCUGACCCUAACUUUCAACACCAAAAUCAUAACACCAAUUUUAACUUUUACCCAAAAACUUAUCCCAAAAACAGAGUUUUUCCUAUUGGCCAACACCAAUUAGUCAGGAUUUUCUUUCUGCAUCAGGAUAGUAAGACACACACAUCGUAACCCCUAACAUCAACUUAAUCUUGACCUUUCCCCCCUAAGUUAUAUAAGGACAAUUUUCCAUGAUUGGGGCUGUCAAAAUGCUGCACAGGUGCAGUUAUUUAUACCUGUAUGCCCGCACACGUCCCUCACAAACUCUGAUCUGAUGUUACUGAACGGGUCCACAGCCGGGGGGGGGGGGGGGGG